AUGUCUAGAAGCAAUGAAUGUUAUGACUACUUAUUCAAAUAUAUUGUGGUUGGAGACGCUGGUGUAGGGAAGACGUGCAUUACCAGACAAUUCUUAUAUCAUGAAUUUGAUUCUAAAGAACUGACGACUAUAGGAAUAGAUUAUGGCCAUAAGACGUUGUCACUCUAUAAUAGAAAAAUCAAAAUAGCUGUUUGGGAUACUGCUGGUCAAGAAGCGUUCAAAUCCAUAGCUAGAUCAUAUUAUUCGGGUGCUGCGGCAUGUAUAUUAGUGUACAAUAUCACUAAACGYUAUUCGUUUCAGCACGUUAGUGAAUGGUUAAGAGAAGCUCGACUUAAUUCUGGUACCAGAAUGAUGUUCGCGUUAGUGGGCAACAAAACGUAA